AUGUACAGGUUUAAGUGCAGGGAGUCGGGCCCCUACAGAUGGCUGGCGUUCCUGGAGGGGUGGGAAGUUUCCGGCAGGUGGACUGUUCUGGACAAAGUGCCAGGUCCCCAGGCCUGGACUCUGACCCUGCCAGGGGUUCUCACUCCCACUGGCUGUCUGAUCACUAAACAAGCCAUCAGCGUCAUCACUAGAGCUCCUCUUCCCCAGAAGCUCAGGGUCUGGAUCAUGGGACUCCAAAUCCUGCUCCUGCUGCUCUGUGGGGCCCUGGCCCUGACCCAGACCUGGGACGGUCCCCACAGCCUGAGAUAUGUCAGCACUGCCACGUAUGGACCGGGCCGCGGGAAGAACCGGUACAUCAGCGUCAUCUACGUGGAUGACUCGGAGAUCUUGCAGUUCGACAGUGGCGUGGUGAGGCCAAGGCUGGAGACGCGGGUGCCCUGGAUGGAGCAGCUGUGGGUGGAGCAGGAGCAUCCAGAUUUUUGGAUGGACCAGACGCGGGAAAUGAAGCACAAUGAACAGACUUCUCGAGCAAACCUGAACAAGCUUCUGGCCUACUACAACCAGAGCAAGGACGUGUCUGGCACCUUCCAGGAAAUGACUGGCUGCGUUGUGGGGUCGGAUGGACACUUCCUCAGAGGGUUCACUCAGUUUGCCUACGACGGCACCGACUUCGUUGCCCUGAAUGAGGACCUGCGCUCCUGGACCUCAGCCAACUCAGUGGCUGGUCUCAGCUGGCACCAGUUGGUGCGGGUCCCUGAUGCGGACGUGAGGAGGGUCUUCCUGGAGGACACCUGUGUGCACCGGCUCCGCCUGCUCUUAGAGAAGGGGAAGGAGAAGCUGCUCCAAGCAGACCCUCCAAAGACACACAUGACCCAACACCCCAUCUCUGACUAUGAGGUCACCCUGAAGUGCUGGGCCCUGGGCUUCUACCCUGCGGACAUCACCCUGACCUGGCAGCGUGAAGGGGAGGACCUGACCCAGGACAUGGAGCUUGUGGAGACCAGGCCUGCAGGGGAUGGAACCUUCCAGAAGUGGGCAGCUGUGGCUGUGCCCCCUGGAGAGGAGCAGAGAUACACGUGCCAUGUGCAGCACCAGGGGCUGCCUGAGCCCCUGACCCUGAGAUGGGACCCCCCUCCUCAGACCACCAUCACCAUCAUCUUUGUGGGCAUUGCUGCUGCCCUGGGUCUCCUUGGAGCUGUGGUCACUGGAGCUGUGCUGUGGAGGAGGAAGUGCUCAGGUGGGCAAGGGGUGGGGCUGAGUUUCCUGUCCCCCUGGGGGUCAAGCCCAGGUGGAAGUGUGCUCUGCCUGGUUAAUGUGCAUCCUAUCCCCACAUGGGUGCUUGUCCAUGUGGGGCCUAUUUCCUAACACUGACUCUUUAGUGAGGCCCGUGGGAAAGUGAGGGACACAUUUGUCACCUGAUGGUUCUAGCAAUGGGCACUGAUUCCCACUGUCAGAGGUCAGAGGGGAAGGUCCCUGCUAUGGACAGACAUCCAGAAGUGUGGGUGGUCCAGUCCUGCACAUGUACUUCCCCAUAUUUCCUGAUCCUACCCUCAUGUUCAGCCACAGUUCUGGAAACUUCCCUGUGCUUCAGGAAUGUGGGAAUCCUUUAGGGUCACGGUACCCAGCCUUCCCCCUGACUUCUCACAGAAUGUUUUCUUCCCACAGGCAGAGGCAGGGAGAGCUACACUCAGGCUGCCUGUAAGUCUGGGUGUUGGGGAGGUGACAUCUGGGACCCUUGAGAGAGUGUGGGCUGGAUCUGUGAGGGGGGCUCUUCCACUCUGUAACUCUGCUGUUGCGUCUUCCCCAG